AUGGAGGAACCAUCCGGCUCUUUCGGCCCUCUUGGAAGCAUUGUCUAUGCUCUUGAACUCCGCAACGACAUCAUGGGAAGAGGAGCGGAAUACCGAAAGAAGAUUGCCGAAUGCUUCAAGGUCGAUCAAGACACUCUUUGUAAAAUGGUCGACAAAGGCCAAGUUCAGGCGGCUUUUGUGAGCAGCACUGGACCUGACGAGUUCGAGAUGUUAUGUGGGCAGGUUUUGCGUUUCUUGUGCCAGAGCAAAGCUCUCUACCUUGACGAUAUUUAUGUGCUGAAGCCCGUGGAGGAUUGGUCUGACUGGAAAACCAUUGAGGGCCACGAGACUGACAAAGACUCUUACAAGAGUUACCUAGCGCUGAUGGAAGGGGCAUCAUCUGCUUUACUCUUCAGAGCACCUGGUAUUAAGAGCUGA